AUGGCAUGUGCCUCAAGUGUACUUCCACAGAGCGUGCUUCAGGGACGGCGCAUUUGCAGUGAACGCAACGGGAAAGCUAACAGCAAUAGCCAAAGGCCCAAAAAGAGAAGUGAGGAAGGGGGAGGCCUGCAGCAGUUAUCUCAGCGAGUAUCGGCAGUGCCUGCAUCAGCAGCAUCUGCGCAAGAACCAUCUUCGACCGCACACGAACUCGGACUCUCCGCGGACGACGCCGCUGCGCCCGCGCCGAGCCACGGCUCUCGCACCCUGAGGUGGUGCCUGGGUGUGAGCCUCGUCCUUGGUUCCCGGUGGUUCUUUGGUGUGCUUAGUAAAGUAGUAUUAGUGGUCCAAGAAGAAUCGGAUGACAACAAAGUGGGGCGUAGCUUGAAUACCAUAGAGGAACUUGAGCCACCAAUGAGAGUGAAUAUCAAGGAAGAGCCCCCCGAGGAGGUUGAAAGGGAACACGAGGAGGAACUCGAGCCACCAGUGAGAGUGGAUAUCAAAGAAGAGCCCCCUGAGGAGGUUGAAAGGGAACAGGAGGAAAUCGAUGAGCCCUGCUGCUUGUUGGAAGUGGAGGAAGACGAUGAAGAGGAGGAACUAAAGGCCCCGGCAAGUGUAUAUUUUGACCCUGGAGAACUGUCCAAUGAGGAGGAUGAACAGGAACAUGAGGACCCUCUGGCAAUGUGUAAUGAAAAUGUUUGUGGAGAAAGCACACCUGAUGCAGGUGGAGAAUGUGGGCCAGAUGCCAACAGCGAGAGAAGCGUUUUAGGCAUGUGUCACGGCAUCUGGAACAAAGGAAGCGAGCUAACGAAUGCAGCAGUGAAACCAAAUAAACGCUCGUAUGCGUGCUCUGUCUGCCAAAAGUGCUUCUCACACAGAGGCAAUUUAGCUACGCACAUGCGGAUCCACACCGGAGAGCGCCGUCAUGAAUGUUCGGUCUGCAAAACCACCUUCUUACAGAAAGGUCAUUUAGUUAGACACAUGCUGAUCCAUAGCGGUGAACGUCCGUAUGGAUGCUCCCUCUGCGAAAUGAAAUUCGCACGUAAAAGUAAUUUAGAUAAGCAUGUGCGAAUGCAUACCGGUGAGCGCCUACACGUAUGCUCCAUUUGCCAAAAGAGUUUUGGAGAAAAAUGUAAUUUGGUGAGGCACAUGAGGACUCACACUGGUGAACGCAUUCAUGAAUGCACCAUCUGCCAAAAGACCUUCACGGAAGGAUCUUCGUUAGUUACGCACAUGCGAAUCCAUAGCGGUGAACGCCCUCAUGAAUGCUCUGUUUGCCAUAAGACAUUCAUAGAGAGAAGCAAUUUAGUUAAGCACAUGCGGAUUCACAGCGGUGAACGCCCUCAUGAAUGCUCAGUAUGCCAGAAGCAUUUCGUGCAGAGAAGUCAUUUAGUUACGCACAUGCGGAUCCACAGCGGUGAACGCCCUCAUGAAUGUUCAGUCUGUCACAAGAAUUUCGUUCGCAGUAGUCAUUUAGCCAAACACAUGCGGACCCACGUCGAGGAGCCCCCUCACGAAUGCCCUAUCAAAGAAGAGCCAGUGGUCAAGGAAGAAGAUUAUUCCUGGAAUACCAUUGCAAAAGAUGAACCCAGUGCUUUACGUCAUUCAUUGAAAGAUGGUGAUAGAGAUGAUAAGGAGUUGGAGCCUGCAUUUGCAGUGUUUGUUCAGCCAACAGGGUUGCAAGAAGCAGCCUUUAUUGAAGAAACAAAGGGUCCUCUUGCGGCAUUUUGUGAAAGUGGUUUUGCUGCAAAAAUAAAACCAGAAAUUGUUUCAAGUUCCCCAGCGUGUGAAAAGAGAUUAGCUCGAAAACGAAGUUUUCACGAGCUCAUGCGCUCCCAUACUGAUGAGAAACGUUUUGGAUGUUCCUUCUGUGAGAUGAGCUUCAGUAAUCACAUGCGCUUGCACACUGGAGAAAAACCUUUUCAAUGUUCCAUCUGUGAAAAAAGUUUUAGUGUAAAAGGAAGCGUAGAUAUCCACGUGCGCACGCACACUGGAGAAAAACCAUUUCAGUGUUCCAUCUGUGAAAAAUGUUUCAGUAUAAAAAAGGACACUUAUCUAGGCACAUGCGCACGCACACUGGAGAAAAGCCUUUUCAGUGUUUCGUCUGUGAAAAAAGCUUAA